UUGUUUCCUUCAAGUAUGACUUAGCAGUCUCCUAUGAGCGUUUCUUUAGAGAGAGUGCAGAAAUAAAAUUACAUUAAACCAGAAGGAGAACUAGAUUCUCAUUCUUCUAUGUAUUUAGUAAUGAGUUCCCACUGGCAUCAAAAUUGUUAUGUGACAAGCACUUAUAGAAUGAGAAUUAGUAUUUGAUGACUAAAGCCUGAAGUAAACAUUUGUAGGAGUCAGCCUUAUUUCAACUUUUUAUGAGUAGAAAAAAACAGUUCGUUUUGUGAGCCUCACUCUUCUUCCUGCAAAUAUAUUUCUGAUGACAUAGAAGGCAGUGACCUUUGAAGAUGUGGCUGUGACUUUCACCAGGGAGGAGUGGACUUUACUGGAUCUAUCCCAAAAGAUGAUCUAUAGAGAUGUGAUGUGGGAAAACUUUUGGAAUGUGGCUGCUGUAGAAAGGAACUGGGAUGACUACCAAGUUGAAGAGGAGUACAACAGUUAUAGAAAAAAUCUAAGAAAUGAAGACUUAAAGAAAUGCCAUCAACAUAAAUUAUUUGAUCAAUAUAGGGAAAUGGUUUUUAUGACUUCCAAUCAUAAUGUGCACAUGAAACUUCUUUGUACAAAACCAGAUGAAAGUGUUGCUCAUGGAAAGCUUUGGAUUGGUCAUUCAUCACCACUUACGUCCAUCAUUGUUAACACAGGACUUAAAUCAUGUAAGUACCAUGGAUUUGAACUGAACUGCCACAGAAAUGGGAAAACCUACACUGACUUCCAGUCCUUUCAGGAUGACGCAAAGUCAAACCUUGGAAAGAAUUUAUGUGAAUAUAGAGAACAUGAAAAAUCUUACUCUGAUCAGACUGAAGAAAGAAACCUUGAAGAAGAACCCUUUUUCUAUAAGACGGAUAUGAAAGCUUUCCAUACACUCAACCAUGUUCAAAUCCAUGAAGGAAAUCACAGCAUGGUGAAUACCUAUGUAUCUAUACAAUGUGGAAAAGAUUUUACUUCUCUCAAUGAUAUUCAAAAACAUGAAAGAACACACAGUGGAGAAAAAUCCAGUUUAUAUACAGACUGUGGAAAAUCCUUCAAAUCAUUUGAUAGUCAUGAAAGUACCGACAUUGGCAGAAAACCCCAUGUAUGUAAGCAAUGUGGAAAAGCUUUCAGCCAACACAGUCAUUGUCAGAUUCGUGAACGAACUCAAAGUGGUGAGAAGCCCUAUGUAUGUAAGCAAUGUGGGAAAGCUUUCAGCACACGUAGUGAUUGUCAAAAGCAUGAAAGGACUCACACUGGGGAAAAACCCUAUGUAUGCAAGCAAUGUGGGAAGGCUUUUACUUCUCGCUGUUCUUGUGAAAGACAUAAACGAACCCACACUGGGGAAAAACCCUAUGUAUGCAAGCAGUGUGGGAAAGCUUUCAGCACGAAUAGUCAUUGUCGAACACAUGAAAGAAUUCACAUUGGUGAGAAACCCUAUGUAUGUAUGCAGUGUGGGAACGCUUUCAGUCAACACACUCAUUGUCAAAUUCAUGAAUGAACUCACACUGGGGAGAAACCCUAUGUAUGUAAGCAAUGUGGGAAAGCUUUCAGCACACGUGGUGACUGUCAAAAACAUGAAAGAACACACACUGGGGAGAAACCUUAUGUGUGCAAGCAAUGUGGGAAGGCUUUCACUUCUCACUGUUCUUGUGAAAGACAUAAAUGGACUCACACUGGGGAGAAACCAUAUGUAUGUGAGCAAUGUGGGAAGGCUUUCAGCACAAACAGUCACUGUUGAACUCAGGAAAGAGUUCACA